AUGCUCUUCAUUGCCACUCUACUCCCUCUUCUAGCUUUGACCUCUGUCUCUGCCAUCCCAACCAAGCGAGAUGGCCCAGGCAAGCUCAGAUUGAAAGGUACCAACCAAUGUCUAGGCAAGGCGAAAGAGAACGGCGGCUCCACAGGGACUGAUGGCGUAUGGACCGAACCAUGUGAUACUGCUGUCUCAUGGAAAAUUCCACCACUCGGGCGACCUGGUAAGAUCGAACAGCAAGAUUACAAAUUAUCAGCAUUGGACGGGGGUGAUGGCGUCAGCGUUGAUAUUCCGCUUACGACGGGUGUUUACGAUCCUGUCAAACCAGGACAACAAUGGGCUAUCAAUCCCGAUGGUAGAAUCUCGAUUGGUGGUGCCAAGAUGGUCUGCGUGAGCUGGCUGGAAGGUAACAUCGUACAAGCCAAAGCUUGUGGGACUGGUGGUGAUGCUCCAGAUGGAACGAUCAAACAAGUCUGGGAACUUGCUUAA